AUGAAGAUCCUGGCAAAGACGUACAUCAAUGAAGCCAAAGAUGUGCAGGACUUGGUGGCUGCGCUGCCCCUGCUGCUCGACAAGGAGCGUACGACAGCGAAAGCUGAAGUGGAGAGCGCUAAGUUGCAGGCGUUGCAGAACCAGGCCCCCGCACCGCCUCGUGCACCCAGUGCAGCUGUAUACAGCGAGCUUCGCCAGGCUGAGGCCGAGAUUGCCAGGCUCAAGGAGAAGAAGAACGGGAAUGACGGCCAGAUUGGCCAGCUCAAAGCACGGGUCACUGAGCUCAGCGCUGAGAUCACGGCUUUCAAAGCACAGCUUGCGGAGAAAAACGAAGCGGCAGUCGUGGACUCCACAGCUUCUGGCGCGACAACGACGCAAGGCCAGCCGGGCAAUUACAAGCACACGAAGAAGACCAGAAAGGCCGCAUCUGACGCAAUGGUCGCAAUCAACGAGGCCCAGAGACCGAAAUCCAAGAAAGAACGCAAGAAGGCUGCACAGAAUGACGCUGCGAACGCGAAAGGAAAGAAGGGUGGCAAGAAGGGUGGCAAGAAGCGUGGCAAGAAGGGCCUCGCAAAUCAGACAUCCGGCCUGGAUGCGCAGGAUAACGAAGUCCAAGAAUUCGCCGAUCAGGGCGCAUCUGUCACAGCAAUCGGAGACAAUGCUACAUCUCGCGACGUCAUCAAGACCUUCAACACCGAUGGAAGCCACAUUGCGUCGAAGAAGGCCCACGGAGCAAGCUCUUUCGCUGACCCCCUCGGCGCAAACUCAGCGUUCCGCUUUGGUGGCUUGGGGAAGGAGCCGUCGUAUCCCAGAUCAAAACGUCCGUUCGAUGCCGGCUUGGGCGAAUCGGGCAACACGCCGAAGAAGAUCAAGACGGAGAGCACCGCGGCUGCCGGCGGACAGGCACCGGCGGCUACGCCCAAGUGUCGUCGUUGCAAAAAGUAUGCGCUGACGUGCGACUCACGCUCGCGGUGCUGUCACUGCGAAGUGGCGGAUCAACGUUGCAUCUACGAGGCGUGCCCUUUGGGGCUGUGGUGCAAAGGGAAGCGUUGUGAUGAGAUCCAUGACGGCCAGUGGACGCAUGGAGAUGUUCCGGCAUGGAACAUCGAGAAGCCGCGCGCGCCUCUUGAUACCCUGGGCCCUUAUCAUACAUCAACUGCUUGGGUGCCGCAGACAACACGCGAGGCAUCGCAGACGUCUUCUUCGGCGCAUGAGACUGCUUCCACCGGCAACAAUCUCAGUCCGACGGCGUAG